UUGGCCCGAGCGAGGGCCUUCUCGGGCAGGAGCACGCGGUGCUGCAACUCGAGCGGUGAGGCGAGGGGUUCGUCGCUGCGACAGCCUGCCACGGUCGAGGCACUCGCCGGCGCCCGCGGGUUCGGGCUGUCGCGCGAGAAGGCACUGCUCGAAGAGCACAAACUUGGAGGCCGGCUUACACCAGCACCAAUGUCGGAGGUGCGCCUCCACCGAGGGAAGACGGUCCCGAUCUCGGUGAUGGUGGUGAUGUUCGGGCUGCCUGGGUGACCGAAAGAUUGCCACCAACACCGAAACCUGGGACCAUCUUGCCCCGGUGGAGGCAACCCCUUGUUUUGGUGUUGGUGCUCAGUUCCAAGCCUCCAAAAAUCGGCAUGAUCAUACAUUUUCGGAGGUCCCGCGGAUCCCAGGAUUCCGCGCAGACCUCCCAAAGUUUAUGCCCUACCGCAUCGCAUCACAAGAGAAAGCAAUGAGAAUCGUCUUCACGGGCGGCAGCGGCAAGGCUGGGAAGCACGUGAUCCCAGAGCUCCUUGCGCACGGCCACAAGGUCCUGAACGUCGAUCUCGUGCCGCUGGACGUGCAUGGCGUGGACAAUCUCAAGGCAGACAUCACCGACUCGGGCCAGUGCUACAAUGCUCUCUCCAUGAUGCACAAUCUCGGCGAACUCGACAGCGGGAUUGGUCCAAUGCCCAAGCCCGAUGCGGUCGUCCACUUUGCGGCGAUCCCCCGGAUCUUGCUCCGGCCAGACAAUGAGGCUUACCGUAUCAACACGAUGGGUACGUACAACGUUCUCGAGGCGGCGUUGAAAUUGGGCAUACGCAAAAUCAUAUUCGCAUCGAGCGAGACCACCUACGGCGUGUGCUUCGCCAGCGGUGAGCGCAAGCCUGAGUACCUGCCGAUUGACGAAGAGCAUCCUGUCGUCCCAGAGGACAGCUACGCGACGUCUAAAGUAUGCAACGAGGUAACGGCGCGAUGCUUCCAGCUACGAACUGGUGCCGAUAUAUACGGCAUCCGCAUCAACAACGUCGUCGAGCCGCACGAGUAUGCUCAGGAUUUCCCCAAAUAUUCAUGACACUUCUGGGAUUUUGCGGAACCGACGCUUCGGCGGCGGAACAUCUUUGCGUACAUUGAUGCCCGCGACCUCGGGCAGAUGGUACAUCGCAUGUUGCUCACGGAUGGCCUUGGUUUCCAGGUCUUCAAUGCGGCCAACGACGACCACUCGGUCAAUCUCACCACGGCGGAGAUCAUCUCCCGAUACUACGAGGGCGUGCCAAUCCGCAAGGAGCUCGGCGAGUUUGAGGGGCUGUACUCGAAUGCGAAGGCGAAGGCGAAGCUGGGCUGGAGCGAGCGGCACAACUGGCGCAAGUACGUCGGCGACCCUCGGGCGCUGGACGGAGGCGCUGCGAAACGGCAGAAGCGAUGAGCGGUGCACUCGGCGUGCGCCCGUCUCGAUCUGCGUACACACAUCCUUCGAUCAUCUUUUGCUUGCCACUGCCA